GGGUAAUGAAGAAUACUUGUUGACACAUCCGGUAGCCUCAGUCCAUGGAUGGUUAAAAGCAUCAUUAUACAUUACUAUUGGAGAAUGUUGUAUUGUUAGAUGUUCAAAAACAAAACUGAAAGCCAUUUUGGAAUACAAGGAGGAGAAGUGGCUUGGAAGACCGAAAUUUGUGGUAGAAGGAAAAAUAUUCAGUUAUGAUCCAGAGAAUGAUUGCGUGAACAAAUUGAAAAACGUGAAUGAAAAAGAUGUUAUUGCAGAGAUUACAGGAAGUUGGCGCGGACAAAUAUAUAUUAAAAGAUUGGACACAAAUAAAACCAAAUUGCUUUUGGAUAUGGAAAAAAUUCAACCGAUACCCAAAAGAGUAAAACCAAUCGCAAAGCAAGGUCCAUUUGAAUCGCGGAAUAUAUGGAAACCUGUAUCAAUGGCAUUGUUUCAAAAGGAUUAUUCGAAAGCAACUAAAGAAAAGAACUUAAUUGAGGAAAGGCAGCGACAGAAGGCAGCGGAAAGGAAAGCAAAGAAUGAAGAGUUUGUGCCUAUCUUUUUUAAUUUACCGGUUGUUGACGGAAGACCUGAAUUAAAAGAACAUGCACAGGAUGUACUGGCUAAAGAACGUGAUUUAAUAUUAUAA